AUGACCCCUGCUGUUGCCGAUUCCACGCCGCGAUUACCCACUGCUGCCGAGAGUCUUGUUCCUGACAGUCCAAACAGAUUAACCAGGAUGCGCCAGAGCCCGGUCGCAUGUGUCCUCAUUGCCACAACGGUGACCGCGGUUGUGGGCGCAUCGUCACGCACCUGGUUUGAGCUCUGCUGGAUCCCCCUUAUUCCCUUCUCGAAGAAGCAUAUCUGGCUCUGCACGGUGUGCCGGUGGCAGAUGAAGAAGGGCGACGGCUACGAUCCUCAAGUUCCCCAGCAAGGCAUGGCGACGCAGCAGGCGGCCGCGUAUCCGCCGCCGCCACCACCAAACGCGUAUGGCAACCAGGCAAGUGCGUACGGCAACCAGUAUGCCAACAACCCGCCGCCGCCGAAACAGUAG